AUGUUUCUUUCUUUCUUAUUUUCCUUCUUUUUUCUCUCUUUCUUUCCUUCUUUCUUUUCCUCUUUCUUUCUAUCUUUGUUUGCUUGUUUCUUUUUUCUUUCUUUUUCAUUUUCUUUCUUUCCCUCUUUCUUUCCUUCUUUCUUUCUUUCCUCCUUUUUUAUUUUCCUUUUUUCUUUCUUUCCCUCUUUUUCCUUUUUUCUUUGCUUCUUUCUGUUAUUCUAUCUUUGUUUGCUUGUUUGUUUGUUUCUUUCUUUACUUCUUUCUUUCUUUCUUUAUUUAUUUUCUUUUUUCCUUCCUUCUUUAUUAAUUUCUUUCUUUCUUUCUUUCUUUCUUAAUUUCAUUCUUUCUCCCCUCUUUCCUUCCUUCUUUCUUUUUUUUAUUCCAUCUUUGUUUGUUUGCUUCUUUCUUUCAUUCUUUCUUUCUUUUUACCUCUUUCUGCUGUGGAUUUUAUACCCUCUCUUCUUUCCUGUCGCUCUUUCUCCUCCCCUAUUACGUCAUUUAUUCACACUUAAUCGCAUUACGAAAAUCAAGUAA